CAAGAUGUACAUCACGUUCCAUCCAAUUCAACAUUUCAUCGCGUUGUUUGAGAUGGAUUGAAUUUUUUAAACUAAUUAAAAUCUAAAAUUAGGAACAAUUAAAAAAUAGGUCAACUUUCUUCAAAGAAUUAUUACAUCAAUAGAAACAAAAGAAACCGAUUUCAAUUUUGUUCGAUUUUUAUCAACUUUUAACCGAUAAAAGAUGUUCCGAGCACACGAUGAAGAAGAAACACCAUCACCAUCAUUAUCAAAUAUUAUUAUUGUUACCGAUCAACAACAACAACAAACAAGGCUCUAUCCUAACUUGAAUUUGGAAUCAACUGUGAAUGCUAUGGCUACUAAUAACUUGGGUGCCAGUGUAUUGUUGAUUCGUGAUGAGGGAUUUCAUCCAGUAAUUAUGGAAGACAAUGAUGAAGAAGAGGAAGAAGAAGAAUUGACACUUGGUCAACAAUCAUCUCCGAAACUUGUUGAUCAACAAGCAAUUCAUACUACUGGUUUUCAAUCACCUAUUGUGGAAAGAAUACAAGGUUUUAGUACUGGAACUCCUACUAGUAAUCAGAAUCUGGAUGGAUUGAAUGAGGUUGUGCUCACACCUCGAUCAUCAGCUCAUGGUUAUUCAUCGAAUAGAUCCAGUCGAUCCAAUAGUAAUGUCUCAACAAAUAAGAGAAUAGUUAGCACUGGAUACUAUUAUGGUUCAUCACCUAAUGAAGAUGCAUUGUCUGGAUUGACUACUCCUCGUUGGAAUUUGAAUGGGGAGGAUGAUAUUGAUAUUGAAUAUGCAACAGGUGGCGGUGGCAGUAGCUCAUUUGAAUAUAAUAACCAGAAUCACCACCUAUUUAAUAAUGAAUAUAAUGAACAUAGAGAUCAUGAUUUUGAAGAAUUUGAACUUGGAGUUGCUGCUUGUAGAGAAGAGAUCACCUCUUGGCAAAGGUUCAUAGAGUUGAGAGUGUUACUUGCUGAGGUCCCAAUACUCAACAGGGUUAUUUCAUUUGUAUAUUAUCCAAACUUGUUAAAUACCACUAAUGAUAUGAAAACUAACGAUAUUGCUAACAUGCUAAAAUCAAUUUUGAGAUUGAGACUUGUAAAUAAGAAAUGGAAACAAUCAAUUGAUAAUCCAACAGGAGUUCUCUAUCACUAUUUGUUAGAGUAUUCAUCGAUUCAAAAAUCUAUUUCUCUGAAAAAUCUCAAACUGGCUCAUUCAGAAUUUAACUUUUUCUCAAUUCCUGGCAUAUACAUGGUUGGUAUUGGUAAAAUUAUUGGACAGACCUCGUUGAUCCCUCUCGAAAUGGGAACCAGAGCCUACACCAAGAUGGAACAAGAUUAUGGCAGUGCAACUGCUAACACUAUUUUGGCCCUUGGCGCUGGAAUUACAAUUGCAUCAGGUAGUUUUGCUCUGUUCAUGCUUUCUGGCGCCUUUUACCUGAUGCCUAUUGCAGCAGGAGGUUAUGUCCUCGACAAGGCAAUAGAAUUUGGUCUGGAUUAUUCCAAUAAGAAAAGUGCAGAGAAGGAAAUUAUUCAAACUGUAGAAGAGAAGGAGAAGGCACUUGAUUCUUUCAGAAUGAAAAUGAGGAAAAUAACCCAAUUUGAAAAUAUGGUUAUUGAGAAGUAUGAAGGUAUUCAAGCGCAAGGUAAUGAUGCCUCCUGGACUGGUUAUAUUUUUUCUUUUGCCUCAAUGGAAAACAAGCACUCUGUCUAUUAUUUGAUUGAUAUUACCAUGAAGAUUGAAGAAUCUACAUAUACCUACACACUCAAGAAGAGAUAUUCCCAAUUUGAAAAGCUUUUCCAGAGAAUGUGUGCUGUUAGAAAGACUGAUAAGAUUGUGGGUAAAAAUGGUGAAGUUUUAAUAUUUCCAUACAAGGAAAUAAUUGAUUCACUGUUAGGAACUAGAAGUAAGGACAUUAUUGAGAAAAGAAAAGAAUUGUUUAAUAAGAUUCUUUUUGAACUUGUAAAUAAUUUGGACGAAUAUAAGGAUGAUGAAGAGAUUAUGGUCUUUUUCACUGACUCUGAACAAUACAAUAGUAGUAGCAGUAAAUAAUUCUUCAUAUUC